AUGCCGGUAGGACGCGCCGACGCGGCUCGGUCUAGAGAGUUGGGCGGGCACUCCGCCGCCGGUGGCGAGCAGCAGCCGCAUUCGAUUGCCACCACCGCACGCGCCGCGUGGACAGUGCACGAAUUCGUGGGGAACUCGGCGAUAUUAAGCGUAGUGCGCCAUCGUGCAGCGGUGAUGGGGAAUUACAUUAAGACCUCUAACCUUCGACCAGUGUCUGCCGCCACCCCGAAACGAGAGCGUGACGGGGCCGAACCAGCUGCCCAGUCCUUGGCACGUCGGGGUCGCGAGUGGAGUCUCGGCCCCACCGUCACUUACUGUGCAUCCAAAGAGCAUCGUGGCCGUGUCCUCGCGCAGAUGGAGUUGGCGGCGCGCUCGGUCCGCAACAUGCAUACUUCCCGCCCAGUAAGCGAGCCUGUGGCGCUGCCUCCGUUCGAACUGCUCUCGGCCAGUCGUCCUGUACCGGUGCUGCCCGCUGAGCUAAGGGGGGCGAUCACUUCCUACUACCUAUCUCGUCUGCGUCAGCUCUCUGUCGCGCAUCAGGAGCGCAUUGUGCGCGCCAUUGCCCUCAAGAAGGACUGCAAAACAGUUAUAACGUGCCUCAAGCAGCAGGACUGUGCCUUUGCGCAGGCCGCGCAGCCGGGAGCGCCUUUAUCGUCAUCGAUUAUGGGGCGCUUGGCGAAGGGAAGACCUCAGAUAGGGACAGCACACCCUGUGCCCAAGAAUGCGCCGCGCUCUACCUUGAACGAGAAGAGCCAUCGCCGUGUGAUGCGGGAGUACCACGCGUCUUCCUGGAAACGACGGGGUGCGAGGGCUGGGGAGAGUCAAGCGAUGGAUCGCUUCUGCCAGCGCUUUGCGGGGGAGGCCUGCGCUGCCUUCCUUGACAAUGCCAUGGGCGUGUGCAUGGGUCGUCGCACUCGCUUCUAUCUGGAGCAGCCACCCAUUGCAAGGCAGGUCGGCAUCGUGCUACCGGAGGAGCAGCUCACACCGCUGUACAUCAUGGCGGUGGGCGAUUUGCUCUACAACAUGACAGGGUGGACGCAGCGCGAGGCACGGAAGUUCUCGCGUGCGGUGGUGGCGAUCUUGCGUCGCGGGAUCCUGACGGUGGUAUCGCCGCCUGGAUCGGAAAAGGCGGCGGCGGCACAGGAGCGCCCGCACACGACGCUUGCUGGCAUACCUUCUGCUCUGCAGCCCUCCCCCCUCUCUUGGCACCGAUAG